AUGAUAAGUCAACCAUAUGUUUUCAUUCGUGCAAAGUCCCGAUUUUUUUUUACUAAACAACUUGGGAUCAGAGGUAGAACUCCCUUAAUAUGUUUCCAUUCCCUUACAAAAGAGCCAUUCUUACGGUCUUUAAGACUUGUCGGUGGUAAUGAAACUGAAGGAAGAUUAGUUGUCACAUCUCAAGCUGACCCAACAACCGAUAUGCUCGUUCAUCAGGGAGAUUGGCCAAAGAAUGCAUCGCAGUUCGUCUGCAAGUAUCUAGGAUAUGAAGGUGCAUAUGCUACAGUAGGAGGAGAUCUCUUUGAGAUACCAUCCUCACCAAAUAAUUCUUAUGAUGCUGUGUCUCUACGAUGUCCAGCUAAUAUGGAUAACGUUACUCGCUGCUGGUAUAAACGUAUGGAUUGGAAGAUCCGUUUGGACAAGAGUAUUGCUAUUGUUUGUUGUACAUCGUACAUGUGCAAUACACCCCGUGGUAGUCCUCUGGGUCUAGAAAGCGGUAAAAUCCAUGAUGAUGCUAUUACAGUUUCGAGUGAGUGGGGCGAGACCAUUGUGGGCAAAACUAGAGCUCGUCUUAACGGUAACUCUGCGUGGCGCCCUAACAUCCCCGACGACGCUGACCCCUGGCUGCAGGUUGCCUUCGAUUCCGCUUUUAUCAUCACAACUAUUAUAACACAAGGCAGACCAGUAGCUGGGACACAGUGGACGACCGCAUACAAAGUGUCCUACAGUAUGGACGGAACGUCAUGGACCUUCUACCAAGACACUUCUGCUAAUACUGACAAGGUUUUCUCAGGAAAUUACGACGGUUAUAGUCAAGUAGAACACAACUUCCUCACACCCAUCGUAUGUAGAUACUUUCGUAUCCAUCUGCUAAAGAGCUGGGGUUAUAUGAGCCUCAGGUUAGAACUCACUGGGUACGGUCCCAUCAAUGAAUUAUUAGCUGCUAUGAACCAAGAGGAAUCUGGAUGUUCACAUCCCCUGAGAGGAAGUAAAAUGGGAGUGGAAGAUGGACGAAUCCCAAAUUCUAGUCUUACUUCUUCAUCGUAUCGAAUUAUCGACGGAUUUCCCCUUUCAGCACAAAAUGGAAGAUUGAACGGCGGAAUAGAUUCUAAUAGGAACGCUGGCUGGCUAGCCGUUGAUGACGGCAAAGACAUAUGGGUGAUGAUAGAUGUUGGUCAAACCUCUCUCAUCACCGGUAUCAUUGUACAAGGGCGACACCUGGAACAUCAAUGGGUAACGUCUUUGAAAGUGUCCUAUUCCCUGGAUGAUUUUAGAUGGACAUUCGCUUUGGAACCACAAUGCGAACAAGUCUUUCCUGCAAACUACGAUAAUGACACUCCAGUGACUAUUGUCUUCAACCAGCCACUCACUGCCCGCUACGUCAGAAUUCACCCACUCUCAUGGUCCAAUGUCUGCGGCAUGAGGUAUGAAGUCCUUGGUAUACGAGAUUAGGAAAAUUUCAAUAGCUGAAACGUUUAUGAUAAAGGGUCACUUUUCAAGUCUUAACACUGAAAUUUUUCAACCGCGCUGCUCACCGACCUCUUACUUUCGAAUCUCGCACAACUUUUGAGACCAAAUUUGCGAUCCCCGGGUACGCGAUUACGAAGUUACGCAAUAUUAUGUAAGUGCAUGUCAGACCCAAUACUGUUCAUGUACAAAUCCAAUGCAAAAUUGUGUAUUUAGCCAAAAUUCAUAAAUGUAUAAUUAUUUCUACUUUUGCUGAUUAAAUUUAAAUAAUUUAGUCUUGUUUAUGAUCGAAAUUAAGAAUGCAGCAAUUUCCAUAA